AUGGCGGCACAGGCCUACAUUCUGGAAAUGGGUGAACUGAUGACUGGCAUCGUGUACGAUGAGGCCAUGCUGACUCACAGGUGUCCUUGGGAUGAGAAUUAUCCCGAAUGCCCAGAGAGGCUAUCAUCUGUCAUCAAUAGGUGUAAAGAGCUGGGCCUCGUGGAGCGAUGCAAGCGUCUCCCGACCACGAAGAUCCACGAAGAGGACCUUCUCCUCUGUCAUUCCCAGGCGCACGUGGACAAGCUGCGGGAGACGAAGGCCUGGGACGAUGCGAAGCGGGAGGAGUUCUGCUCCAACUACCACUGCAUUUAUGUUCAUGAGACCACUUAUGAUUGUUCACUGAUGGCCGCGGGGUGCAUGGUUUCGCUAGCAGAAGCCAUUGCCCGAGAAGAAGUUCGGAAUGGCAUGGCUCUUGUGAGACCGCCUGGUCACCAUGCAAUGAAGGAAGAGUAUAACGGGUACUGCAUGUUCAACAACGUUGCCGUGGCGGCUCAGAAACUCCUCUCCGAGCACGGGCUGGAGCGGAUCCUCGUCAUCGACUGGGACGUCCAUCACGGACAGGCGACGCAGCAGCGCUUUUACGAGUCCAACAGCGUGUUAUACUUCUCCAUCCACCGCUAUGAGAAUGGGAGUUUUUGGCCAAACCUGAGGGAGUCUAAUUUCGACUUCGUGGGCUCGGGUCCCGGAAGGGGCUUCAACGUCAACGUGCCUUUGAAUGCGACUGGGAUGACCAACUCUGAUUUCGCUGCAAUCUGGUUUAACCUCCUCCUCCCCAUUGCCCAUGAGUACAAGCCGCAGUUAGUGCUAGUAUCGGCAGGCUAUGAUGCAGCCCUGGGAUGCCCAGAGUAUCGACCCGAGACGGUGCUCGUGUCGGCCGGAUACGACUCGACCCUGGGGGACCCCAAAGGGGAGAUGGAGGUGACCCCGGCCUUCUAUGCGCACUUGCUGACUCCGCUCAUGGCCCUGGCAGAGGGGAAGAUCGCAGUUGCUCUUGAGUAUUCUAUCGACAGAAUGGAGAGCACGAUCCUGGACUUGAAGUUCGUCCUGCGUCCGUUCUGGAAGGCUCUGUCGCACCAUCCGCUCGCCAAGGACGGGGACGAAGGAGGAGGGGAUUCGUCCGUGUCGUCCCUGCACGUUCCGCGCGUCGUGUUCUAUGGGGCCGGGGUCGUCCCACCCACCGACACUCGCGACUGCUACCCGGUGCAGGAGGAGAUUCUCAAGGCCACUAUGGAGGACAGAAUACAGAUGCUCAUCCUUGGAACUCGCCUGACUUUCGCCCCGGAGAGAGUGGCCCUGGUGUUUGAUAAAGUCAUGAAGCUCCAUCAACCUGUCUCGGGGAAUCACCCAGAGAAUCCAAACCGUAUUCAGAGAAUUUAUGACAAGCUGAAGGAAGACGGACUGGUCGACAAGUGCCGCCAUCUCAAAAGUCGGAAGGGGAAGCAGGAGGAAGUUGCCCUGUUGCAUGAGAGGUCCCUGCUGGACCUGAUGGCCUCGCUCAGCGACCAAACCAAGGACGAUCUGGACAACAUGUCCUCCUCCUACAACUCCAUCUACUUCUGCCCUCAGACGAACGAGUCCGCCCUUCAUGCGGUCGGAUCGCUCCUUCAGGUUGUAGAUAGCGUUUUGAACGGGGAGACGAGGAGCGGAGCGGCAGUGAUCCGUCCUCCGGGGCAUCACGCCGAAGCCGACUCGCCGUGCGGCUUCUGCUUCUACAACAACGUUGCACUGGCUGCCUCCUAUGCCGUUAAUAUGCAUGGACUCAAGAGGGUUCUGAUAUUGGACUGGGACGUCCACCACGGGAACGGGACCCAACACAUGUUCGAGAGUGACCCGAGGGUUCUCUAUGUGAGCCUGCACCGUUACGAUAACGGAGGGUUCUUCCCCUGCUCCACCGACGCCCAUUACUCCUGCGUCGGCCUCGAGUCCGGCAAGGGAUUCAACGUCAACAUUCCCUGGAAUCUUCAAGGGAGAAGGCGUAUGCGAAUGGGGGAUGCAGAGUACCUGCAGGGGUUCUUCCAGGUAAUCCUCCCCAUCGCCUACUCGUUCGAUCCCGAACUCGUCCUCGUGUCGGCUGGGUUCGACGCUGCUCAGGGAGACCCCCUCGGUGGUUACAAUGUGUCAUUUGAGUGCUAUGCUCACAUGACCCACCUGCUGAUGCCCCUGGCUAGUGGAAGGAUCAUCCUCGCUCUGGAGGGAGGCUAUAACUUGAGCAGUAUAUCAGAAUCCAUGUCUUUAUGCGUUCAGACCCUGCUCGGUCGCCCGCCACCACCACUGCCGUCCUCGUUCGAGCCGAAGGAGGAGGCUAUGGAGACUCUGCAAUGUGUCAUCAGGGCCCUGCGUCCCUACUGGCCCGUCCUUCCGUGUCUGGAUCCCCUGCCCGACGAAGCCGAGCUGCUGAAGCCGAGCUUGCUGAAGCCCGAAUGUCGCAUGUCCUGCGAUUCCACCGGGACGUUUCCAGACUCCGACCUCUCUGUGACUUCGGACAUGCUCGAUUCGCUCAUGAAUGAUCGGAUGGUACAUAACAACGAUUCUAAGUGCAAUCUUCUGUUGUUGGGUGAGAUUUCAUCCUGUUCGAGAAUGGAUUCGCAGGACGAUUCUGCACCAGCUGCAGACAGUGUGAGUGACGUUGUGCAUCGCCUCGAAGGAUUCAGCUUCGGCAACAGCGGGAGCUUCACGUCGGGGAGGCAUAUGGCCUGGAUGUGUGAUGACAGCGAUGUUCCUCAUCGCAUCGAAGCAGUUGCGUCCCACGAGCCUUGA